GCUGGCCUAUCACAUCUCUCAGUAUUUGGAGGACUGCAUGAUUAUUUGCAUGCAGAAGGGGAGAGGUUACACUCACUGGCGUCAGUCCAAUUCAUCUGUGCUGCAGAGGAACCUCUGACGGCAUCAUUAUCAAUAACCUCCCACGAUGCCGCCAGUUAGAGAGCUCCACAGGACGCAAUGACGGCCGACAAGGAGAAGAGAAGAGCGAUCAGCCGUGAGGCGGCCCGACGGAGGCGGCGAGUGGAGUCCGACGUGUUUGGGGAUCUAUCCCGCCUCCUGCCGCUUCAGCCCUCCAUCAGAGCCCACCUGGACAAACCCUCCAUCAUCCGCCUCACCCUGAGCUACAUACGCAUGCAGGCACUUCUCAAAGAAACAGAAACUACUGGACCAAACGCAGAGCUCGAAUACACCGUGAGACAUCACCAUGGAGUAGAAGUGGGAGUGGGAGGUCACUUUGAGUUAGUGAAAGAGAUGGAAGAAUUCACUCCUUUGGAUGAAACCAACAUGUACCUGAAGAUCCUGGAGGGAUUUCUCAUGGUCCUGUCCACCACGGGAGACAUGAUCUUCUUAUCGGACAACGUCAGCAAGUACAUGGGCUUGAGCCAGACUGAGCUGAUGGGUCACAACAUCUUUGAGUAUACUCACCCGUGUGAUCAUGAGGAAAUCAGACAUAAUCUACGUCUGACUGCAGAACUUGGUUGGAGUCAGAAGAGGGACUUUGUUAUGAGAAUAAAAAGCGCUCUGACUCACAGAGGGAGAAUCGGCAACCUCAAGUCGACCACCUGGAAGGUGCUCCACUGUCAGGGCAGAGUGAAGCUGUGCGCGGCCUCUUCAUCAGUGUCCUGCCUGCUGCUGACCUGCAGACCUCUGCCGCUCUCUCACACACUCCUCAGCAAGCAUACCUUCACCAGCCAGCAUGGCAUGGACAUGAGGUUCACCUACUGCGACCAAAGAGUGACUUCUCUUCUGGGCUACAGGCCAGAAGAACUACUGGGACGAUCCAUCUACGAUCUUUGUCACACGAUGGACACAAACUGCCUGAAUAAAAACCACCUAAACUUGUGUCUGAAGAGUCAGUCCGUCAGCGGUCAGUACAGGAUGCUGGUGAGAAGCGGAGGUUAUGUCUGGGUGGAGAGUCACAGUGCCGUCAUCCCAGGCAUCCAGCCGUCCAGAUCCAGACCCAACCCCAGUCAGCCGCUCUGCAUCCUUAGUGUCACCUACGUCCUCAGUGGAGUGGAGGAGCCGUCUCUGCAGCUCUCUUUGGACCAGACUUUCCAGAGAUAUUUGAGAUGAAAUCAGAGUUUCAAGAAAAAUCUACGGGGACCGAAACUCUAAUUGCUUUUCUGAAAAUUUAUAUUUUUUUCCCUUAAUCUUAUAUUGAAUAAAUUAGAACUUUAACUUUCAAAAAGAUAUGUGCUUUGUUCUUCUGCGUCUCCUCACUAUAUUAUGAUAAAGAUGCAAAUUUAUGACGCA